CAUAAACAGAACUGAAAAUACAGUGUGAGGUACUUCACAGCUAGCUAGAGAGAAAGCAAUACAGAGAGAAAGAAAGGAGAAUUCAGAUAUAUAUUCAGAGACAUGAAGGACAUGAUUCUUGAAUCCCUUUUACAAUCAGCAUUCAAAGAGUAUUUACAUAAAGAGGUACCAAAAAACAACAUGCCCUCAGCAGGAACAGAGAAGAAUUGGGAAAUUCAAGAGAAUGAAGGACAUAUGAACCUUGACAUCACCAAGUGCUUCGGGGAGUCACGUGCCAAUUUGUCUAAAACAAUUGCCAAAUAUGUGGUGAAGCUAAAUCAAAACAAAUCGCAAUGUUUAGGCUUCCCAGUUAAUCAAGAAUUUAACUAUGACGCAUUGACACCGUUGUUGCAUUAUCACUUAAACAAUGCUGGCGACCCAUUUCUCGGGAGCGGCUAUGGUCAAAAUUCAGUAGAAUUUGAAGUCUGUGUACUUGAUUGGUUUGCAAAACUAUGGCAGAUGGAGAAGGGGGAUUAUUGGGGAUACGUUACAACCGGUGGAACUGAAGGAAAUUUACACGGAAUUUUAAUGGGGAGGGAAAAAUUUCAAGACGGAAUUUUAUAUACCUCAGAGAACUCGCAUUAUUCAUUAUUCAAAAUAGCAAGGAUGUACAGAAUGCAAUGUGUAAAGGUCAACACAUUAGUCUCGGGCGGGAUUGAUUGUGCUGAUUUAAAGGCUUUACUUCUAUUGCACAAGGACAAACCAGCUAUCAUCAACCUAAACAUAGGAACAACUAUGAAAGGAGCAAUUGAUAACAUUGAUCUCGUAAUAGAAACACUUGAGGAAUGUGGCUUUCCUCAGGAUCGAUUCUAUAUUCAUUGCGAUGGAGCUCUAUCCGGAAUAAUGUUGCCGUUUCUUAAACAAGCUCCAAGGAUUAACUUCAAGAAGCCGAUUGGAAGUAUAUCUAUUUCUGGCCAUAAGUUCUUAGGAUGCCCAAUUCCUUGUGGUGUUAUAUUAACACGUUCAGAACACGUCAACGCUCUAUCUAGAGAUGUUGAAUAUAUUGAAUCAAGGGAUGUCACAAUCACAGGUAGCCGUUGUGGGCUUGCGCCAAUCUUCCUUUGGUAUGCACUCCAAGAAAGAGGUUUAAUAGGACUUAAGAGAGAAGCACAAAUGUGCAUAACCAAUGCGCAACACUUACUGGAUAAACUACAUGAUAACGGUAUUGGUGCCAUGCGAAAUGAGUUUAGUAAUACCGUUGUGUUUGAAAGGCCUAAAGAUGACUUUGUGCGAAAGUGGAAUUUGUCAUGUGAAGGAAAUGUUGCACAUGUGGUCGUGAUGCAACAUGUCACUAUUGAAAUGAUAGACUCCUUUGUUAGUGAACUUGUUAACAAACGGACCAUUUGGUUUCAAGAUGGAUUGCCUCCUUGCAUUGCGAACAACAUUGGUGGUGAAAAUUGUGCUUGUGCAGUGCAUUGCUCAUUUUGACCGGGAAGAAUGCUUUGUAUAAGAGGGAAGAAUGCAUUGCCAAAAUGGGUGUAUUCAUCAACCAUUAGACUCUUUUUAUUUUUUACAAAUAUUCAUAGAUUUUUUUUAAAGCAAAACAAAAUUGUAUUCCAAAGAGAAUCUUGAGAACAAUUCUCUCAACUGAGUAUAUUGAAGAUACACCUGAAACUUAUCUUGUA